AUGACGAGCGAUGUGCCUCUGCCAAGGAGGGACAAGUCCGCCUCGCCCGUCAGAGAGCCUGAAGCGAAGCGAGCACGCAUAGCCUCCCCGUCCGAACAGCCAGUAGCGUCAACUUCGUCGCCUAAUAAGCUGCCCAAGCGCAAAGUGGCUCUCCUCGUCGGCUACUGCGGCACAGGCUACUAUGGCUCUCAAAUUCAGAGCGAGCUGCGCACGAUCGAGGGCGCUUUCUUUGAAGGACUCGUCAAAGCAGGCUGCAUCAGCAAGGACAACGCAGAGAGCGCUAGUAAGGUCGGUCUAGCGAGGACAGCCAGGACGGACGCUGGCGUACACGCGGCUGGCAACCUGUUCUCGCUCAAGCUCAUUCUGCAGCCCACAACGCUCGCAUCGUCAGACAACAUCGUGGAACACAUCAAUCGACAUCUGCCUGAUCAUCUCAGAGUAUGGGCUUGCCCUCGCGUCACCGGCGGCUUCAAUCCUCGCUCAAAUUGCGACUCACGCUGGUACAACUACACCCUGCCGACCCACGUCUUUCUCCCGCCCAAGCCGGGCACGCCCAUGGCUGCGCGAAUGGCAGAAAAGCCUCUGGAGACUUUCUGGAACGAGCAGAAUCCAGAGCUCAUCUUCGCCGAUACUCUGCCCGCGAGGAAGCUGUGGCGAAUUACGCCAGAGAAGCUAGAUUCGCUCAGAACAACCCUGGCUCGCUACCUCGGCUCGCAUAAUUUCUGGAACUUUACCGUUGGCAAGGAUUUCCGUGACCGCAGUGCACAGAGAGUGAUGAAACAGGUCAUCGUGUCUGAUCCGUUCCUGAUAGAUGAUGCCGAAUGGAUCUCCAUCAAACUUCACGGGCAGUCCUUCAUGCUGCAUCAGAUCCGGAAGAUGAUCGGAUUGGCGAUCUUAUCGGUUCGCACCGGCACGCCUUCGACCCUCGUGCUCGAAUGUUUCGGGCCCUCCCGCAUCGCCGUCCCCAAAGCUCCCAGUCUUGGCUUGCUCCUGGAAUAUCCCGAGUUCAACAAUUACAACUCGCGGCUAGAUGGUCUCAAGGCCAACAGGCAAGAUGAAGAGUCGGGAGAGCGUCAAGCGUUGCGCUUCUCGGACCAUACAGCCGUCAUGGAGAAGUUCAAGAGCGAGCAGAUUUACCCCAAGAUCUGGUCCAAAGAGGAAGAGGAAGCUACUUUCGCGACCUGGGUGAACUUCCACGACUUUGUGACGACGACAGAGUACGAUUAUCUCAACGGAGACGGCAUCAUACCUGCGUCUGCCAUCGUCAGACCGGACACCCACGCCAGGAAGGACAAGCCUCCUUCUGCUUCGCAUGGACAGGCUAUCGACCUGUCAGAUGAUGAGGACAAACAUCUAACGACAAAGGACCCAGAGCUUGAAGGCUAG